GUUAUCAGUUGCUCAAUGUCGCCUAUUCAGCAGCAGUUACACUUAAACUGAAGUAUAAUCCCAGUGCACCUGACGCAACGCUGGGCAGUUACCGCGAAUGUCAAUAGAGGCUUUGUCAACGACAAUUAGAAACUUUGUUCACGGAGUCUAUCGUCUGAACGAGCAGCUCUCCUUUUGUGUAUCCACGUCAGAUCAUCCACCAUGAACGUAUAAGCUCCCCCUACAGGCUCCCGCGCCGACAGAGCUGUCAACCAGUAGCGAAGGGUCACCUGGCUACCUCACUGAAGCGAGGACUGCCGCUGAAUUCUUCAAAUGUUACUUCAGAGCGGGUUAUCUCCUAGAUCGUGUACCCUACCUGUUGAAACUGUGGAGGAGGUUCAUUUGGGCCGUGCAUCGCGUGUAGGAGCGUUGUGUUGAACUCUUUCCCUGGAUAAACCCGGAUUACACUCAACCGUCAGUAUGGGUCUAGUCGUGUCCACUGUGCAGUACAUCUUCGGUGGAGGUCGAGACAUGGACACGCCGGAUAAAGCCACUGGGCUGACAGAACGUCAGAAAGACGCCAUUAGAACCAGCUGGGCUCUGGUCAGUCUUGACCUGAAGGGCAAUGGAGUCAACUUCCUUAUCAAGUUUUUCAAGGACUAUCCCGAAGACAAAACCUUCUUUGAAGCAUUCAAGGACAAAAAACCGGAAGAGCUCCGAGAUAACCCCAAAAUGCGCGCGCACGCUUCGAUAGUGAUGCACGCACUGACUUCAGUUGUGGACAAUUUGGAUGAUCCCGAAUGUCUCAUUGACAUCCUCCAGAGAAACGCCCAGAGCCAUUUCGGACGAAACAUCAGGAUCAAGCAGUACAAGGAUCUGUUCGAGACCUUUGUCCGGUACCUGCAAGAAGCUUUGGGAGACAAGUGCACAGAACUGACCAAAACGUCUUGGGAGAAAGCCCUAGUUGUCGUGAUUUCAGUCAUCGGGAAUGAAAUGACAGCAUUAUCAAAUGCUGACAAAAAAAUACCCGUAAAAUAAUGGAACUUCCGCAACAUUUUUCUGUGACGUCAUACUCUUCGUCACUGACGCUGUACUCGGCACUACCGUUGUCUCCAGUAACCAUGGCAAUGACACAACGUGAGACAAUUGUCUCAGGAGUAUUUUUACCAACUAAGACGUUGUACCUUUUCCUGGAUAACUUUGAAUUAUAUCACCACAAAUUAUAUAUAAUCAAGCGUAGUAUGUAUCACUGACAUCCUGGUUCGAUUGCCAGAGUUGCCGGGAUUACAGCUCCAAGUCUGUCAGCAUUGACUGAGUUUAGUUUUACGCCGCACUCAGCAAUAUUCCAGCUAUAUGGCGGCGGUCUGUAAAUAAUUGAGUCUGGACCACACAAUCCA